CCGCUACUGCAGAGAAGGGACAUGAGAGGGUUUUCUUCUUCAGCUUCUAGGGCAACACCUUCACUAAAACAUAUUUCUGAAGAAUCAUCUAGUCACAAAAUAUCAAACGCUAAACCGAAACCAUCUCUCGUUCAUAAGCAAACCAACAACAACACUGAAGCAUCUUCAAGAGGUAACAACUCCUCUUCUUCUUUACUGAAUUCUCGUUUCCUUAAUAAACCCAAUUCUGUUUCAUACUCAAACAGUCCCAUUUCAGCUAAUAAACGCUUUCAACCGAUUGAUCACAGUAACAUUUCUCAAAUUCUUGCUAGAAAUGACUGGUUUUUAUUGCUAAACCACGAAUUGAAGGCUAAAAGGAUCAGUUUGGUUCCUCAAUUUGUAGUGAGUAUAUUGCAAAAUCAAGAAAACCCAUUGCACCCUUUGAGGUUUUAUAUCUGGGUUUCUAAUAUCGACCCCUUGUUUUCAAAGAAUCAAUUGGUUAAGGGUGUUUUAGCUAAUGUACUUUACAGAAAAGGUCCUGUUAUUUUAUCUGUUGUGUUGCUUAAAGAUAUUAAGAACUCGGGUUUUCAACUCAGUGAGGAUUUGCUUUGUGUUCUAAUUGGUAGUUGGGGCAGGUUAGGAUUAUCUAAAUAUUGUGCUGAAAUUUUUGGGCAGAUUUCUUUUUUGGGUAUUAGUCCUAGUACAAGGUUGUAUAAUGCUGUUAUUGAUGCACUGGUGAAAUCCAAUUCCAUUGAUUUAGCAUACUUGAAGUUUCAAGAGAUGUCGGUGGAUAACUGCAAACCGGAUAGGUUCACAUACAAUAUACUUAUUCAUGGAGUUUGUAGAAUUGGUGUGGUGGAUGAGGCUCUUCGAUUAGUCAAACAGAUGGAGGGAGUGGGAUAUUCACCUAACGUGUUUACAUAUACAAUUCUUAUUGAUGGUUUUUGUAAUGCAAAGAGGGUAGAUGAAGCUUUUAGGGUUUUAGAGAUGAUGAAGGAAAGGAAGGUUAGUCCCAAUGACGCUACUGUUAGAUCAUUGGUUCAUGGGGUGUUUCGUUGUUCAGCCCCUCGUAAGGCGUUUGAGUUGUUAAUAAUGUUUAUGGAAAGAGAGCCUGUGAUGCCAAAAUUAGCCUGUGAUACUCUACUAUAUUGCCUUUCAAACAACUCUAUGGCAAGAGAGGCAGCCAUGUUCUUGAGGAAGGUUGGGGAGAGAGGUUACUUGCCUGAAAGUUCGACGUUUAACACUACCAUGACUUGUUUGAUAACUGGAUUGAAUCUUGAUGAGACAUGUGGAAUUUUUAAGAGUUUUAUUGAGCGAGGUGUGAAGCCAGGUUUUAAUACGUAUCUCAUGCUCAUUGAAGCCUUAUACAAAGCAGGAAGAGGAAAGGAUGGGGAUUGCUAUUUGGAACAUAUGAUCAAGGAAGGACUUGUGCCAAAUGUAUAUUCAUAUAACAUGGUGAUUGAUUGUUUUUGCAGAGUCAAUAUGGUGGAGAGGGCUGCAGAGACAUUUAGAGAGAUGCAAGGUAGAGGUAUUGCUCCUAACCUCGUCACUUUCAAUACCCUGAUUAGUGGGCAUUGCAAGGAUGGAAAGGUACUUAAGGCUCGUGAACUUUUGGAGAUGCUUUUAGAAUGUGGUUUGAAACCUGAUAUCUUCACUUUUAGCUCAAUUAUCGAUGGGCUUUGUAGAGCGCGCCACAUUGAGGACGCUUUAAAUUGUUUCACUGAAAUGGUCGAGUGGGGUGUUACUCCAAAUGCUAUCACAUACAAUAUUUUGAUCCAUUCUUUGUGUGUCAUUGGGGAUGUUGCUAGAUCAUGGAGACUUUUAAGAAAGAUGCAAGCAGAUGGAAUAAGUCCAGAUAUUUACUCUUUCAAUGCUCUAAUCCAAAGUUUUUGUAGAAUGAAUAAGAUUGAGAAAGCAGAGAAGCUUUUUAUUUCCAUGUUGACGCUGGGUUUGAGUCCUGACAAUUAUACUUAUGGUGCUAUUAUCAAGGCAUUGUGUGAAUCAGGAAGAUUUGUUGCAGCAAAAGAAAUGUUUCUUUCAAUGGAAGCAAAUGGUUGCAUUCCUGAUUCUUAUACAUCUAACUUAAUUUUGGAAACUCUGAUUCACAAUGGCUGCUCUGAAGAUGCUUGUGAUAUUGUGAAAAGAUAUAAUGAGCGGGGUUUUUCUUUAAAAUCCACCCCCAAUCUUUAGGAUCCUGCCUCAAUUGUUUCAAAGAUUAGUGCCACUUUGUUGAGAUUACAUUUUGAAGCUGAUGUGGGUAUAAAGUAUCAAGAUGUUAUGCUUUUUGCAUCUGUGGCAUCAUUUACAAUCAUAUAAUCAUAACAAGAUACUUAAUUUUUUUCAUGGAAAAUUCUUUCACGCUUUCUGGAAGAAUAUGGCACUCAUUCCUUGUGGGAUUUAUGUACCAGUUGUUAAUUUGGAUCAAGGGAUACAGGUUGCCUGGAGAUAAGCCUUUGCAACAGUCGGUAUUGCUCAAUUUAUCCUGCUCAAGGUUCUAUGCCAUGGCUCUACUGCAGGCAAUGGACAUGAAUCAGCAAUGAGAAAUUGACAUGUAGUUUUAUCAUUAGGUAAGAAUAAACCUGCUCCUAUAGCCCCAUAGGCAAGGUGCACAAUAUCAGUAGCUUGCAGUGUUUUUGGGGUGUGAGACAGGUUUUCUUUCCACAACUCACCUUUUGGGUAUGACUUAAUGCGACAUCAAUGUUACUAUCAUACUAACUGGUCAGAAGAGGAAGUAUCUGUUGGAAGACGUGAUGAUUAGGAUCAGUUCUUCAAGUUUGAAGACUUCGACAUGUAUCAUCUUUUUAUGCAAAGCAACAGCGUGUACCAUGACUAAUGGAGCUCUCCACAGCCAAGUGGUAACUUCGCAAGGCAAAGCAGAAUUGAAUCAACAGGGGACAUCCAGUGGAAAUGUACUUCAGUAUUCACUCUGUAUAGUGUAUACAUUCUUUAGGAUUACAAGAAAACAGUUGUCACAUUCUUCAAAAGUUUUGUUUUCUUUUUCUUCUGGUGGCUAUAUCAUUCUCAGUGACGCUACUCAUUAGAUGUACCAAAGCUGUGGAAUGAAUAUAAUUUAUUUUCCUUCA